AUGGAAUCCUUCGUCCUGGGGAUGUUACCGGCGGUGGCGUUGGCGGUGGCGCUGGCCGCCACCAUCGUCCUCGGCCACCGGCUUCUGUGGCGAGGGGCACAAGGCCGGCGACGCAGGUACCAUCCCGUCGCCGGCACCGUCUUGGAUCAGGUCCUCCACUUCGACAAGAUUUACGACUACCUGACGGAGCUCGCCCGUCGCCACAAGACCUUCCGGGUGCUCGUGGGGUUCCGCUACGAGAUCUACACCUGCGACCCCGCGGUCGUCGAGCACAUCCUCUCCUCCAACUUCCGCGGCUACGGCAAGGUGAGUGCCGUUGGCGAAUUCCUUCAUCAAGUUCUCGUUGUUGCCCUCGUCUUGCUGCUGACGACGGGGGCGGAUUAGGGCUGGUAUUUCUACGAGACAAUGGAGGCUCUCCUGGGGGACGGAAUCUUCGUGGUGGACGGGAGCAAGUGGCUCCACCAGAGGAAGCUCUCCAGCCGCCAGUUCUCCACGAGAUUCCUGAGGGACUACAGCGGCUCUGUUUUCAAGAACAACGCUACCAAGCUCGCCGAGGUCAUCUCCGACGCCGCCGCCUCCGACGAGGUCAUAGACGUUCAGGCAAGUCGCUCUUCCCACCUCGGCGAUAAGGAUUCUCUGAAACGCACACUCCGGUUCUUAUUCAAUCUCCAUCGUUUUUCCAUUUUAACAGGAGCUGUUCAUGAAAUCGACGAUGGACUCGAUAUUCGAGGUCGCGUUCGGCGUCCAGCUGAACUGCGUGCAGGGUUCCGACAAGGAAGCGGCCGAGUUUGCGCGAGCAUUCGACGAAUCGAGCGCGCUGAUCAUGUGGCGCUUCGUCAAACCCCUGUGGAAGCUGGAGAGGUUUCUCAACGUGGGGUCAGAAGCGGUGUUGAGGAAGAACAUCAAUAGAGUGGACGAGUACGUCUACAAGAUGAUCCACGCGAAGAUCUCCCGGGGAGAAGAGCAGGUUGUGGACCUGUUGCUUGCACUCAUCUCCUCCAUCUCGCCUUCUUCCUUUUUCUCGCUCUGUUCGAGCACUCACGGAAGUGUAUGGCGGCCCUUGCAGCUGAAGCAGGAGUCGGACAUCCUGUCGAGGUUUCUGCAGGAGAGAGCGGAGGACCCUACGGAGAUGAGUCUCAAGUACUUGAGGGAUAUCAUUCUCAGCUUCGUCAUCGCCGGGAAGGACACCACAGCAGGAACUCUGUCCUGGUUCUUCCACAUGCUCUGCAAGCACCCGUUUGUGCAGGAGAAGAUCUCUCGAGAAGUGGGGACCGUCCUCGGAGAGGCUGAGGCUAAGGCCGAGUUGUCCUUCGGAGGGUUUGCCGGCUGCAUCACGGAGGAGGCGCUGGAGAAGAUGAACUACCUCCGGGCGGCUCUGUCUGAGACGCUGCGGCUCUACCCGGCCGUCCCUCUGGUCAGUGGAAGCAUCAGUGAACGUUACUGAUAUUUGUCCAAGCUACCUGGUUCGAUUAUGCUGAUGAUGUUUGGCCUUUUUAUUGGUUUGAAGGAUAGCAAGGUGUGUUUGGCAGACGACAGGCUUCCUGAUGGGUUCGACGUGGUCGAAGGGGAGGUGAUCAAUUUUCAACCCUACGCUAUGGGUAGGAUGAAGUACAUCUGGGGCGAGGACGCAGAGGACUUCCGUCCGGAGAGAUGGCUGGACGAAGACGGGGUGUUCCGCCAUGAGAGCCCCUACAAAUUCACGGCGUUCCAGGUGAGGGAAGAAGAAGACGGGAGACCGGUCCUCCUCCAUUAACAGAUCUUUGUACUGACUUUGGGGUUCGCUUUCUGAACGGGACGCAGGCGGGGCCGCGUCUGUGCUUGGGGAAGGAGUUCGCUUACAGGCAGAUGACGAUCUUCGCGGCGGUCCUUCUCCGGUUCUUCGAGUUCAAACUGGCCGACGAGAAGAAGGCGGUGGAGUACAAGCCCAUGCUGACUCUCCACAUCAACGGGGGACUCCGCCUUCAUGCUUUCCAAAAAUGA